AUGGGGAACUGCCUGAGACACCACAAUGGCCUUGCGGAAACAGAGAAAGACGAUCUCAAACCCGAGCCGCCAGUUAAGUUAUUGGAAGAAGGUAAAGAGAGUAGUAUUUUGGAAGAAGAGAGUAACAGAUCAGCAAAUGGAGAAUCUAAAGUGGUAAGGAUCAAAGUUGUGGUGACAAAAGAAGAACUUAGACAAAUCUUGGGUCACAAGAAAGGUAUCACCUCCAUUCAACAUUUAGUUCAUGUUCUCAAAGAUAGUGGCAGAAACAUCUCCAGGGUUUAUGAAGAAGAAGAAGAAAAAGAACUAGGCGAUGUAAGUUGGAGCCCUACGUUAGAAAGCAUUCCUGAGAAUCAUUAUUGAAAUUUAAUCAUAUCUACAUUUAAGUAUUUAA